GUUCGCCGUUUGCGUUGACGUUCGCGCUGACGUUGGCGUGGGCAGUUCGUAGCAACGGAAUUGACCAUUUAUAAACUUGCCGUUGGCAGUUAUUGAAACUAUCAUAACCUCAACGUAAUGUGUCAUAUGACAGUGAGAAGUUGUCAGCAAAGAUUAGAGGUUCUUUGUUAUCAGUGCGUGUUUUUAUUUUAUGAUAUCUAGGGUGUUCUGUAAUCCCGAAAGGAGGAGCAGCAUCUUAAAAUUAUAUUCUUUAAUAAAGAUGGAUUUGGAUUUUGAAGCCGAGUAUUCACUUGCUGUGUGUGGACUUAUUUUGUGCUCAUAUGCGGCAUAUCUAGUAACAAAUCGUCGGAGGCAAAGACGAUUUAAAGUGAGACCCAUCAAUAGGGCAAGAAGGACCUCAGGAAAUAUUAACUAUUAUAAAAAAAUGAAAUCUUGGGACCCAGAACAAUUUUUUAAAUAUACCAGAACGACGGUUCCAGCCUUCGAAAAACUGUUGACUAAAGUGAGGGCAAAAAUCGGUAAACAGUUUAGAUCCGAUGGUAUUUCACCUGAACAAAGACUUGUUGUUACUUUACAAUAUUUGUCACAAGGUGCUAGUAUGCAAAUCCUCGCUUGGAAUUAUCACAUAGGACUCACUACUGUUCAUAAAAUCAUACACGAGACUUGCCAGUGUCUGUGGGAUAUUCUUAGUCCAGAAUAUUUGAAAACUCCAGAGUCUGAAAAAGAUUGGUUGGACAGUUCCAAACGGUUUCAUGAAAAAUGGAAUUUUCCUCAUUGCUUAGGAAGUAUUGAUGGAAAACAUAAAUAUUCAAGCUCCAGCUAAAAGUGACUCUUUGUUUUUCAAUCAUAAAAAAAAUAGUAUUGUUUUAUUAGCCUCAUGUGAUUACGAGUAUAAAUUUACCUUUGUUGACAUUGGUGCUUAUGGUUCGCAGAGUGAUGGUGGAGUUUUUAAAAAUAGCGUGUUUGGGCAGAGAAUGGAAUGUUCAAAUUUAAACAUACCUGCAGAUAAACAGUUACCAGGAACAAAUGCUGUCGUACCGUUCUGUUUUGUUGCAGAUGAAGCAUUUCCAUUAAAAAAAUAUAUAAUGAGACCUUAUCCUGGGAAAAAUUUAACAAAUGGUCAAAGAAUUUUCAAUUAUAGACUUUCCAGGGCCAGGCAAGUCAUUGAAAAUACUUUUGGCAUAUUAGUGGCUCGAUGGAGGGUUUUAAAAACAACAAUCAAU